ACUCGCAUAUUCAAACGUCAAACAUUCAAGUGUUGUGUAUUGAGGUCCACGUCUGAACCGUGGAAAUAUGUUGACGAUUGAUUCCGUGUGAAACGAGUCGUUCUGCAAACAGACAAGCUUAACUUUUUCAAUAGUUGCUAAGUUAAAUGUGCCGGUGUCAAUUAUGUGGCGGCGUUAAAUGAAACUAAGAAUGGAUGAGAAAAUGAAAUAUGCCCUCCUGAGGGAAUCUCACGAGAAUCAAAGCGUGUGGACGAGGAACGAGAAAAGGCUAUGGUUCGUAACGUUGAUCGCGGGGACCUGCAUGUUGUAUUCCACUCGGACGACUAUGCCCCUCCUGGUGCCGGCGGUGGCAGCUGAGCAGAAGUGGAGCAAAACCGACUCUGGAACGGUGUUGAGUUCCUUCUUCUGGGGAUACACGUUAACACAGGUCCUCGGUGGCUACUUCAGUGAUAAAUUUGGUGGACAGCGAGUGAUAUUUCUCGCGGCCAUUGGUUGGUCACUCAUAACGUUUUGGAUGCCAAAUAUAAUCUAUCUAGCGCCUAAAGCUAAAACUUAUGCGAUAUCGUUUGUAGUAACUAUAAGAAUUAUAAAUGGAGCUUUUCAGGGUGUUCAUUUUCCAAGUAUGAUAAGUGUAACUAGUCAGAAUUUAAGUUCAAACGAACGAUCGAGCUUCUUCGGUCUAUUAACGUCUGGAUCGGCGAUGGGCACCUUGUUGACUGGCAUUCUCGGCUCUUUCAUUCUCGACUACUUCGGCUGGCCGUCCGUAUUUCGAGUUAUUGGUUUUCUAGGUUUAGCGUGGGCACUGGUUCUGCGCUACUACACAAUGUCCGCAGAUCGGAAUCGUGUCAUAAAUGUGUCAAUACCAAGUCGUCUAUGCACAAAAGGCCAAGGAAUCGAAGACUCGGUACCGUGGUUAAAGCUAUUUCUACGUCCCUCAUUUUGGGCUUGUGUCCUCACACACGCGUGUGAAAUGAAUUGUUUUUUCGUAUUAUUGUCGUGGCUGCCGACAUAUUUUCACGAUGGCUACCCGCAUGCAAAAGGAUGGGUUGUGAAUAUGAUACCAUGGUUGGCUCUGCCGCCGUGCACGUUUCUUGCCAAAUAUCUGACAACUUGCAUGAUUGCGAGGGAGUGGUCGACGUCAACUGUACGCAAGGUUAUACAGGGUACAUGCUUUAUUUCACAGAAUAUUGCGUUGUUUGUGAUGAGUCGAACGAAUAAUUUUAACAGCGCUUUAACUUGUAUGACGAUUAUUAUAGGAGGCACCGGCUUUCAUAACAAUGCUGUGACUGUCAACCCCCAAGACCUUGCUCCCGCUUAUUCGGGUAGUGUGUUUGGGCUUAUGAAUACAGUGGGGGCUAUACCAGGCUUUCUGGGUGUCUACUUAGCCGGGCAUAUCCUAGAGCUAACCCAAAGUUGGCCUGCCGUGUUCAGCACGAUAGCUGGAAUCAACCUCAUUGGCCUUUUCAUUUUCAUGGUGUUCGGCUCUGCAGAGCCGAUUGUUUGAACUUUGAUACAAAUCAUCAACGACGCAAUCAAAAUAAAUAGCACGAAGAGUUGGGUAGCUUAGAAAUAUGGAAUUUACAUUCCAAUAUGAUGAUCGGUAGUUACGUUUUAUUUCCAUUUGCUUUCGAUUUGAAAAGUGAUUGAAUCUGUAAAUUUUUGACGGAGAUAGAGACGACAGUUUAGGAAUUAUAUUUUAAAGAAAAGAUUCAUUAUUUAUGUAUGUUACUUUUUCUGUUAGAGAACUGAGAAAAUGUAAAGCUGAUUAUUACCUUUUCUAUAUUUUAAGAAACAAUAAACGGAAAUAUGUAAAUUUUAAAAACAA